CAAAAAAAUAAUUAAAAACAUGUAUUUUGGCAGGGGAGACACAAACUCCAAGAACAGAGCUUUCAAAAAAAAAAUUUGUACUUCCCAACGGAUCUCUGACGUUUGGUCCAGAGCCGACGACGACCCACCAGCUCUCAAACCUAAAGUUAUCUCUUUUACUCUCUCUCUCUCUCUCUCUCUCCUGCGUUCGUGUUUUGCUGAGUUGCUCUAUUGCUUAAGCAGCAAUGAUCUCACUGAAUCUAUCUCCUUCCCUAAACCCGGGUCUCCUCCUCCACAAGACCCGGACCCGUCAACAACCGACCCGUCUCUCUGCUCUUCCCUUCACCAACUCUAAACCUUUCAAUCACAGAUACCCAUUAGGGCUUUCUCCGAUUCGCGCCGAUUCAAAACCCUUGCUUUCUGUUUCACUCACCAACCCGGUUUACUCAUCUGGGUUCUCGAGGAAACCUAGAUCCAUCGCCGCCGCCGCUGCAACUAACUCAUCGGAUUCAAAUCCAGACGGGGAUUACGAAAAAUCCGAUCUUGGCGAAGCUGAGAAGAAAGAGAAGAAGGCCAAGACGCUCCAGCUAGGGAUCGUGUUCGGUCUUUGGUAUUUUCAGAACAUCGUCUUCAACAUCUUCAACAAAAAGGCACUCAAUGUCUUCCCUUAUCCAUGGCUUCUCGCUUCGUUUCAGCUUUUCGCAGGUUCUAUUUGGAUGCUAAUCUUAUGGUCCUUUAAGCUUUACCCUUGCCCUAAGAUCUCGAAACCUUUCAUCGUUGCUCUCCUUGGUCCUGCAUUGUUCCACACUGUUGGACACAUCUCAGCUUGUGUCUCUUUCUCCAAAGUCGCUGUUUCUUUCACUCAUGUUAUCAAAUCAGCGGAGCCUGUGUUCUCUGUUAUUUUCUCUUCUCUGCUCGGUGAUUCGUACCCUAUAGCUGUCUGGUUAUCGAUUCUUCCAAUUGUUAUGGGAUGUUCUUUAGCUGCAGUCACUGAAGUCUCAUUCAACAUAGGUGGUUUAUCAGGAGCCAUGAUUAGUAACGUUGGUUUCGUGUUGCGUAACAUUUACUCUAAACGAAGUUUACAGAGCUUCAAAGAGAUUGAUGGAUUGAAUCUAUACGGUUGCAUCAGUAUACUCUCUCUGCUUUACUUGUUCCCCGUGGCGAUCUUCGUUGAAGGAUCACAUUGGGUUCCUGGUUAUCAUAAAGCCAUUGCAACUGUUGGGAAACCAUCAACGUUCUACUUUUGGGUUUUGCUCUCUGGUGUCUUCUACCAUUUGUACAACCAAUCUUCGUAUCAGGCACUCGAUGAGAUCAGUCCUUUGACUUUCUCUGUAGGGAAUACAAUGAAGAGAGUUGUGGUGAUUGUCUCUACGGUUUUGGUGUUUAGGAAUCCUGUUAGGCCUUUGAAUGCUCUUGGAUCAGCCAUUGCUAUUUUCGGUACCUUCUUGUAUUCUCAGGCUACUGCCAAGAAGAAGAAGAUUGAAGUGGGAGGUGAUAAGAAGAACUAAGGGCAAAUCCAAGCAAGGUUUCCUCAAGCUGUUUUAUUCUUUUCCAAGUUUUGUUUUUUGUUUUUGUUGUUUUUAAUCUUAUUAUGAGACUAGAUUCGUCAUUUCUGUUAACUGGUUCAGUUGCUUCAAAGACUUUGAUCUACUUUAGUUCUUGA